AAAUUCGUAAUAAUAAUGGCUGCAACAACAACGGCGGAGGAUGUGCACAAUGCGGACUUCUUUUACGGCUGGGACUUACUAUUUAAAACUGUGGAGACUCGAGUUGUCAAGAAGGCGGACGUGCUGAUGGUCCUCGCCCACUUUCUGCUGACCAAGCAUUGUAAUUUUCGUUGCGUUGGCAUCGGCGAUGACAAAAGUGUGCCGGAUGAUGAGCCCGGCAGCGAACUAUUGCCGGAUCAGUGGAACGGAGAUAGUGCCAAGUACUCGCUGAGAUAUGUGCGCAAUAAGGUCCUCUAUUUGCUGCUGGCCCACAUUACCGAGGAUGCGCUGAUCGUCAAUUUGCUGGAUGUGAACACCAAGAACGUUUCCAAUCUCUGCCUCACGCCAGACACUCUGGUGGCCGACUUGAGGGGUGGCAUUGCCAAGACCCUGCCCACCGCUGGCGCAGUGGUUGAACGCUUUCGCCGCGAGCUCUGCGAUCCGGUAUUUGCGGCAAAUAUCCGCGAAGUGGUCGUACCGCAAACGACCACCCAGACGCCGGUGCAGACAACGGAUCCACUUGCCGAUGACAGUCGACAGCCGGUGGCAUAUAUGCCGCACAGUUUCGAGAUAAAUCCCUUUAAUGUGCCCGAUGUUGGACGGGGCGAUUUGGAUCCAUUAUCCGGCGGUUUGGGUAAUCUUUUUCCUUUUCCACGAAAUCCGGCGCCCCGUCGUCCGAACGCACCUGACCAGACCACCCCAGAUCCGGAUCACGCUCAGCCCCCAGACUGGACUCCCGAUAGCUACAUGUGAGAUGACGCGCACACAAAUUGGCCAUGAGUUUACUAAAUCCGCCUAAUAAAAUUAAUUA